AUGAAAUAAAUCAAACUAAUUGACAAUUUAUAAGCAUUUACCAUUGAUUAUAAAAUUACAGUCAGGCAUGCACUCUUCCUCUCAUAUGGAAUGUAUUUGACUUACUAAUAUUAUUCCUAAAUGAGAACAUGUGAGGAUUAAAUUAGAGAUGUAUAAUCACUUUAUGUUAUCAAAGGAAUUACUCAAUUAAAAAUCAUAAAUACAAUAAUAAUAUCAACAAUUAUACAGUAAAUCUUAUGAAGGAAUACUUGAUUGUACCUUAGACAAAGGAGACUGGAUAUUUUCAACUGAAAAUCCUAAAAUUGAUGAAUAUUUUAAUCAGAAACUCUCUUUGAACUAUCAAUAUCAGACAAUCAUGCCUCUUUAUUUGUGCGCAGGCAUUGGUUUUCCAUCUUUGGCAAUUCUAUGUUCCUAUCUUCAAAAUAGAGACAAUAGAUUUAUCUAUGGACUAGCUGCUGCAGCACUUUUUAGUGGCAUCAAACUAAUUAUUAAAGUGUGAG